GCAUCGUAAGUGGCCCCCAAUGGCAGCAGCCCUGGCACGCGGACUAGCGUUUCGUUCCAUAAGAUGAAGCGGCUCGUGCAGCGCUUUUGUCGACGGCAUCAACAGCCACCUUGAUUUCGAGACGCCUGUCGCAUAUCCCCUCUGUCCUCAAAAGGAUCCAAUGCGGCCAGAUGCUUACCUCGCCGUGCCUGCAGCCAUGUCGGUAAAUCGUUCAAACAGCCAAGUACGCAACCUGCUCGCCAUGUUCGAGAACAACAACAACAACAACACCACAUGCUCGGAUUCCACCUCGCCUGACCGCGGUCGCUCCAACGGCCAUCUGUCCCCGGCUUCCAACGGCGACCGUCCUUUGUCCAAAGUUCGUUCAAGCUUCGUUUCUGUCGAACACGGCACACCAAGCAGCCCAAGCCCAGCCAUGGACAUCGAUCCGCAAAAGACAAAGGAAGAAUACACCCAGUCCAGGCAGCAGGAGAGCUCUGCAAGUCUGCGUCGUCACAGCUUCAGCCACGACGAUUCAAGCGACGCCGUCGCCAACAUCAGACAGAGCAUGAGCCAGGAGGAGGAACGCAGAGGCUCAAAUCCUCUGGUCGCAGAAACCAUCCCUGAGGCUGCCAUUGAGCAGACCCCCACUGCCACUACUCCUGCAGUCGAAGCCAAGGACUACCUGGCUGCCGGUGAGGUAGCCCAUUCCACCAACGCCAUGCCCCAAAGCAAGCUUCGAGACGAAGUCGCCGCCGACCAUGUCGAUGCUUCUGCCACUACCAACCACGCCACAGAGAGUAACGAUGCUCGACCCAUGACUCUGCCUACUGACGACAUGCCUGCCGACAAUCCUGACAAGCCGGUUAGAAGCUAACCCCGGGCUUCCUUUGUUGUUUCUGCAUGCUAAGUCCGUCUACAGAUAUCUGGCGUGCAAGAAGAGCCGGGCCCCAUGCAGCCUUCUGACCUCAAGGACCGCUCGCUCGUCUCGCCCACUCCCG